GGAGGUGCUGAACGAACAGCUCCGCUCUGCGUGCGCUUCAGUAAAUAAAGUGGCCGAGGAGCGCCGGGCUCGCGACAGUCGCUUGCAGAAGACAUCGUAGCCAUGAGCGAGCCGAGCUCUCCCUCCUCCAGAUCCACAUCAGCUUCGCACCUUGGGCAGUCGGCCGGAGCGCGCAGACCAUGAAGCGGCAGAACGUGCGCACCCUAGCCCUCAUCAUCUGCACCUUCACCUACCUGCUGGUGGGAGCCGCCGUCUUCGACGCCCUCGAGUCCAAGAAGGAGACGACGCAGAAGAAGAAGCUGGACGACAGGAAAGUGGAGCUCAUGAACAAAUACAACCUGUCCAAAGUGAACUUUGAGGAGCUCGAAGGGGUGGUCCUGCAGCUGAAACCGCACAAGGCUGGCGUGCAGUGGAAAUUCGCAGGAUCUUUUUACUUCGCCAUCACCGUGAUCACCACCAUCGGGUACGGGCAUGCUGCCCCAAGCACAGAUGGCGGGAAGGUCUUCUGUAUGUUCUACGCACUCCUCGGGAUCCCUCUUACACUGGUCAUGUUCCAGAGCUUGGGCGAGCGCAUCAACACUUUCGUUAAAUACCUGCUCCACCGUAUCAAGAAGUGCCUUAGACUGCGGCGGACAGAGGUCUCCAUGGCUAACAUGGUGACCAUCGGCUUCAUCUCCUGCAUCACCACACUGUGCGUUGGGGCGAUGGCCUUCUCCCGCUAUGAGGACUGGAGCUUUUUCCAUGCCUACUACUACUGUUUCAUCACCCUCACAACCAUUGGCUUCGGGGAUUACGUAGCGUUGCAGAAGGACCAUGCCUUGCAGAACAACCCCAAGUAUGUGGCAUUUAGUUUCAUUUACAUCCUCACAGGGCUCACAGUCAUUGGGGCCUUCCUCAACCUGGUGGUGCUACGCUUCAUGACCAUGAACGCUGAAGAUGAGAAGCGGGAUGCUGAGCACCGGGCCCUGCUGUCCCGUGCUGGCCAAGCCGGUCUCCCUGAAUGCAACCCAGAGCCUGCGUCAUCCUCCUCGGGCGGUGGCACAGGGCGGGGCUUGCGCAACGUUUACGCCGAAGUCAUGCACUUUCAAUCCAUGUGCUCCUGCCUGUGGUACAAGAGUCGAGAGAAGCUGCAGUACUCCAUCCCCAUGAUCAUCCCUCGGGACCUGUCCACCUCAGACACCUAUGUGGAACAGAGCGAGUUCUUUGUUGACCCGAACUCCAACGGCUGUGUGUGCAGCUUGCAACAGCGUUCAGCCAUUAGUUCUGUGUCCACUGGGCUCCACAGCCUCUCCACCUACAGGGGACUAACAAAGAGACGUAGCUCUAUCUAAUUGCUGGAGACCUCAGAGUAUCACUCCUCAGCAUAUAGAAGACUAUUUUAAUAGUAAUAAGUAAACCAAAUUUUUUGCACAUACUUUAGGACUUGAAAAGCAGCUCAUGUGGGGAACCUUUUUAAUGGAAAUAAGACAUGCUCCACAGCAAGUGAUUAAUAUUUUUUAUCAUCGGUUAUACACAAUGAUAUAUUUAUAACAUUGUUCCGCCUCUACUACUACAAUAUUUUAUAAACUGAAGCAUGUCUUUUCUCCAUGAAAAUACGAAAGGGAGUCAUUUGAGUACAAUAUUCAAUGAAACAAAGUGUAUGUACCAAAAUUUGCAAUUUUUAUGUUUAAAAUAUUGUAAACUUUAACUGUUAUGAGAGGUAUAUUUACAGUCUGUGCAGCCAGAGGGCAAAGUUAUGUCAAUUAAAUUCUUUCAGACUCCAGUGCUGUAUUCCAUUCAAAGUGCAGCACUUAGCAUUAUAAUUAUGUUUUUCAUGUUCAUCUACAUGUCUAUUGUCUUUUAUUUUAACUUAUAUCUGUGAUGCCAUCACUCAUUUGUUGCAAAGUAGGUGAUUGAACCAUAGGGACCACUGCACGUUAGGAUGCUAGCUUAGGUGUACUAGGGCAUCAGUUAGUAGGCACCACAGUAGACUAAUUAAAUUUACACUAAAGCGUUUGAUUUCAGAAAUUUACCUUGAAAUUUGUAUGUUAGGGAAAAUGUCUUUGCUUGGAAGUGAAAGCAACAGUUUUAUCAGGUAGAAGACAAAAGUCGGAAUGUUUGGAAAUCGAUAUAGUUGUUGGUACAGCCUGCAGCUGGGGCAGCAGAGACAUCAACAGAAGGGUCUGGAACUGUUCUACAAAAAUUUGGGAUGUGAAAUUUGCCCAGUACCUGCUGGUUUUAAUCAAAGUGGAUGCUGCUCUUUCAGGCCCUCCUCCUGACAAUCCAGCAAAUGAAAACUGUAGCUGUCCAUUGAACAUGGAAGAAACUGUGUCAUGUGAUUAAGAUGACUGCUACCUGUGCUCUAUAUCUUUUGCCAUCUAAUGGAAUAAGUGGACCAGGCUAUGUCAGGGGAACUCUGGCACGUCCUGUUAUGUAGUUUAAGAAACCCUUUAUAACACAGGCACUCGGGGGUGUAGAGCUCCUAAGACCGUCAAUGCAAGUUCACACGUCUGGUUGUUGAGAAAACUGCGGUCCUUCGUGGCUCAGAAGUUCAUUUCCCAUGCUCUUUGGACCACUGAACAGGCUGUAAAGAGUUGCCAGGUUUUGUGAAGAGUUUGUACAUAGCAACCCAGCUAUUGCCUUGUAAUGCUUGUGACCCAUGUUGAACUCAGCUGUUGAAGCAGCUUUGACUAAUGACCUUAAAUUAUACUUCUUGGAGUGCCCCAUUCUACCCACCUUUGGUUUUCAAUGAUAAUUUUGACCUCCUAGAACAGACAGACCUUUCAGACUCUUCCUCAGAGGACAUUUGCAAGUUCUGCAGAACCUAUCACAGAAGUGCUUGCUGAACACACAUCAAGAUUUUUUUGCAGGUCACUUCUUUAAAAUAUGUUGGCUCAUACUACCAUAACUGAUACACUGCCUGGUAAUACACAAAGAAGAGAUUUGUACAUUACAGUCUUCAAUCACACAUUAGGUCCCACAUGAUUUGCAUACAUGAUGUGUAGCUUUAGUACUCCAGCUUUCCUCUACUACCUGUUUGUGUGUAUUACUUUAGUUUAUAAUGCAUCACUUUGUGGAAUAUACUGAUAUCAGUAUUUCCAAAGAUUUAGAAAUUUAGACAUAGAUACAAUAAAAACUCAGAUUUAACUUUCUACUCUUUUAACAAUAUCAGGCACAAACAUAUGAAAGAGGUCUAAUGAAUAAAAUUAGUUCAGCUCACUAAACAGUGGCCUCUGACAACAAAAACAAAAUGUAUUCUUGACAUAAGGGAGAUUUCAUAAACAUUACAGUCAGUUUUGUUCAUGUCUGAAUCUCAGUUACUACCUGAACGCAUUGUACUCUUCUCCUGUGAAACUAAAACAAUAUAAUUAUAGCUAAUACUAACAAAUUUUUCCCUAAUUAACAAAGAUAAAUCACAGCAAACUUGUUGCCGCUUUUGCUAUUUUGUCUAUUUAUAGUACACAUACAUUAUACCUCAUAGAUCGAUUUUCGCCUCAAUCCAGGGUGUAAACAUGGAAUAGAACAUAGGGACAGAUCAGCCUUUUUGCACCGCACACCAAAAGCACCAUCACAGACGUUUGGAUUUGUGUUAUAUAAUACAAAACACUGAAUCAUCACUUUAAAUCUGAUAGGAGAAGAAACUGAACUACAGACGCAAAUGACUAGUCAUACUUGUGAAGGGAAGAGCUACCAUCCCAACCACCUUUGGCAACAUUUAUCAAAAAGCAGGCUGACAAGCAGGACGCCCUGAAGGCGUAUCGAGAAACAAGAACCUGAACUGUACAAUUUAUUACACAGGAACUCCAUUACCACCCUUGAUCUUAUG